GCCGCUGCUACCGCGGCAGAAGAGAAAGCAAAAGCCGCUCACAGCUCGGUGCCGCUUGCGCCAGCAUCCGCGGGGCUGCGCGGGGUUGCGCGCCGUGGCCAUGGCCCGGGAGAACGGGGACGGUGGCGGCUCCUGGAAGAAGCAAGCGGAGGACAUCAAGAAGAUCUUCGAGUUCAAGGAGACGCUGGGGACGGGUGCAUUCUCUGAAGUUGUUUUGGCUGAAGAGAGAGCAAGUGGGAAACUCUUUGCAGUCAAGUGCAUUCCCAAGAAAGCACUGAAGGGAAAGGAAAGCAGCAUAGAGAAUGAAAUUGCAGUCCUGAGAAAGAUCAAGCAUGAAAAUAUAGUUGCCCUGGAAGACAUCUAUGAAAGUCCAAACCAUUUAUAUCUGGUCAUGCAAUUAGUGUCUGGGGGCGAGCUUUUUGACCGCAUUGUUGAGAAAGGGUUCUACACUGAGAAGGAUGCCAGCACCCUGAUCCGGCAGGUCCUGGAUGCUGUCUACUACCUGCACCGAAUGGGCAUUGUGCACAGGGACCUCAAGCCUGAGAACCUGCUUUACUAUAGCCAGGAUGAAGAAUCAAAAAUCAUGAUCAGUGACUUCGGAUUGUCAAAGAUGGAGGGUAAAGGAGAUGUGAUGUCCACAGCCUGUGGGACUCCUGGCUAUGUUGCUCCUGAAGUGCUGGCCCAGAAACCCUACAGCAAAGCUGUGGACUGCUGGUCCAUUGGGGUCAUCGCAUACAUCCUGCUCUGUGGGUAUCCCCCUUUCUAUGAUGAAAAUGACUCCAAGCUCUUUGAGCAGAUCCUUAAGGCGGAGUAUGAGUUUGACUCUCCAUAUUGGGACGACAUCUCUGAGUCUGCUAAAGACUUCAUUCGGAAUUUGAUGGAGAAGGACCCUAAUAAAAGAUACACCUGUGAGCAAGCAGCACGGCAUCCUUGGAUUGCUGGGGAUACAGCGCUCAACAAAAACAUCCAUGAGUCAGUCAGCGCUCAGAUCCGGAAGAACUUUGCAAAAAGCAAAUGGAGACAAGCGUUUAAUGCCACAGCCGUUGUGCGGCACAUGAGGCGGCUACACCUCGGCAGCAGCCUGGACAGUGCCAGCGCCAGCGUCUCCAGCACCCUCAGCCUCGCCACACCACUUCCCGAUGCAGCCACACGGAAAGAUUGUAUGUCUCCAUCCACUCUCUGUAGUUUUGUUUCAUCUGCUUCUUCAGGCGUUUCUGCGGUAGGAGGGGACCGGAGACCCAGACCCACCACAGUGACCACAGUGCACACAGGGAGCAAGUGAGAGCCGGGGCGGCGAGGAGCAGGCAGGCAGCGGGGCUGGCAGGUUGCCCCUGCACAUCCCACCCUGCGGUGCUCGCUCUGCGAAGGACUAGAAGAAAGAAGAUUUUUUAUGGCCAUAUUUUAUACUGCAAAUUCUGAAAUGUUUCAUUUAUCACAAACUGCAAUGACUCCAGGGGGAACGGAUCUAACAGUCUCUGGUGCUGUACAUAUAUAUACAUAUAUAUAUAAAUAUAUAUAUAUGUGAGUCUAGUGAUGUUCUAACCAAUGAACACUCAUUCUUCUCCCCAGUGAUUUACUCUUUUUCUCAGUGUAGGUAACAGUAUAUGUUGUAUUUUUUUUUCCAUUAACUACAAACAUCUCAACUGGAUUAUUUAAAUAGAGAUACUUUUCUG